UCAUCAACAUUCAAUUAUCAGGAUGCGUUGGAUCUGAGGAGUCAGCUCACUGAAGAUGAACGGACUUUGAUGGAACAAACACAUGAAUAUUGUCAAGAUAAAUUACUACCGAGGGUCAUUGAGGCAUAUCGUGAAGAAAAAUUCGAUCCAACACUAGUUCCUGAAUUGGGUCGAAUGGGCUUGCUGGGAGCACCAUAUCACGGCUAUGGAUGUGCGGGAACUUCAUUUGUUGGUUACGGACUGCUGGCUCGAGAGGUUGAGGCCAUCGAUAGUGGUUACCGUUCAACAGUGAGCGUUCAGACAAGUCUUGUGAUUGGACCGAUUCAUAAUUUUGGUGAAUAA